AUGGCCGAGAAAGCAAAGCAGCGGCUCCACGCCAUCGGCAAGCAGAUCGCCCCGGCAGUCGUCGAAGACGAGACCUUCGAAGACGUGCCCCCCAUCAAGCAAGUUGGCCCGGUAUCCAACGGUCCCCGUGCCCGGGGGAAGGUGGUCAUUAUCACAGGCGCGAACUCGCCUCUGGGAAUAGGAAGGGCUACGGCUCAUCAGUUUGCCCAGAACGGCGCAAAAGCAGUCUACAUCUGUGACUUUGAUGACAAGUACCUCGGAUACCAUGAGAGACAGAUCAAGUCACUUUACCCUGCCGUGGAAGUCCACACGCGGAAGUUCGACGCCGCGGACGAGGAGGCUGUCAAGGAGGUCGUUGACAACGCGCUCGGUCGUUACGGAAGGCUGGAUGUGAUGUUUGCGAACGCGGGUAUCGUUGGCCACCCUAUCAUCUUCUCGGAGACAACGAAAGAGGACUUCAUGAACGUGCUCAGAGUGAACACACUUGGGCCCUUCCUUGCGGCCAAGCACGCCGCUCGCGCAAUGGCCAAGACCUCUCCCGAGAAGAAGGCCUCGGGCGGCAGCAUCAUCAUGACGGCUUCUGUUGCUGGCAUCCGUUCUAACGCGGGCCCGACGCCCUACUCGGCUUCGAAGUCGGGGGUGAUCAACAUGGCAACAACGAUGGCGUACCAACUUGCCGGCUCUAAUAUCAGAGUCAACGCCAUAUGCCCCGGAGUUGUCGAGACCGGCAUGACAGCCCCAAUGUACGAGACAGCCAGGGCAAGGGGUACGGAGAGGAAGAUUGGCCAACUGAACCCGCUGAAGAGAGGGAGUGCCGCCGAUGAGGUUGCGCGGGUGGCGCUGUUUCUAGGAUCCGACGAGAGCAGCUACGUGAACGGUCAAGCUUGGGCUGUUGAUGGCGGUCUAAGUGCUGGCCAUCCAUUCGUUCCGACAACGUUUGAGGCAUCGAAAACUACCAAGUUCAUAUUCUCUGGCGAGGACUAUGUUUACGCCGCACGACGCGAUGGCGGUGUUAUCAGUCUCGACUCUGAGUUUGAGAAGGGAGAUCUAACCUUAAAUCCAACAUGGCUUGUACCAAGCAACAUCGGCUACCUGACCAGUGACGCAAACUCCGGGUCCCUGAUCGAUACUGCUUACAACAAGCAGUCGAACAACUUGACGAACUCCACCCGACUGCUGGCUUCAACCGGUGUGGGAGUCGACAUCUGGGACUCUUCUGCCUCGGACGGCAGCCUCGAGUUGCUCGGCUCAUUCUUCUCGGAUGACAAUAGCACCGAGAGUUACACGACCCAAGUUGUGCCUGAUCCCUUCGGUAAAAUAUACGUCGUCAGUGACAGGAAAGCGAACUCGCUCAUGAUCCUGAGCGCCACCGACGAUAACGACAUCAAGUCCCUCGGCACGAUCGCCAUAGAGGAGAGCUGUGGCCCUCGCCGCGGCGCGUUCUAUGCCGCGGACGGGAAGAACCCGACCCGCUACUUCGCGCUGUGCCAGUCCACCAAGGAGCUCCUCUCGUUCGAGGUGGACCUCUCCCAAGGCACCUUCAGGCUCCUGCAGAGGCUUCAAACGUCCGUCGACACCAAGGGCGACAAGCGGUCGGUCGCGGACCUGCUGCUCCAGACCAACAGCGACAGGAGCACCGACCUUUAUGUGACCAACACGUUCGUAAGCAAGGACGAUGACACGGACACGGACACCAUCGCCCACUUCCGGCUGCCAGCCCCCGAGGACGAUGAGAGCACCGCACCGGGCGAUCUCACCGACAUCACAGCAGACCGCAUUGUCUCCUCCAGGGGUAUCAACCCGAACAGCAUAUGCUUGGACCCGGAGGGCCAGUACUUGAUCGUCGCGAACCAGCUGAAGGGCCCCGCCGCUAUAGCCUUUCUCAAACGUGACACGGAGACGGGCGCGCUGAGCGAAAAGAGGCUACAUUGGAUUUUAAGAAACUUACUAAAGGCACGACUCGGUUCGGGCCUUCAAUCGUGA